GUGAUGAAAAAAGCAGACAUGAUCAACAAAAACAUGGUUCACCAGGUCCAGGCAGAGAGGGAUGCAUUGGCUCUCAGUAAAAGUCCUUUCAUUGUGCACUUGUACUACUCACUUCAGUCAGCUAAUAACGUCUAUUUAGUGAUGGAGUACCUUAUUGGUGGAGAUAUCAAAUCUCUUCUCCAUAUUUAUGGAUAUUUUGAUGAAGAAAUGGCUGUUAAGUAUAUUUCUGAAGCAGCACUGGCUCUUGACUAUCUUCACAGGCAUGGGAUAAUCCACAGGGAUCUGAAGCCAGACAAUAUGCUCAUUUCUAAUCAGGGCCAUAUAAAGUUGACAGACUUUGGGCUUUCCAGAGUUACUCUGAACAGAGAGAUAAAUAUGAUAGAUAUCCUUACUACACCAUCAAUGGCAAAGCCAAAACAAGACUACUCACGUACUCCAGGACAAUUGUUGUCUCUCAUCAGUUCUCUGGGUUUUUAUACUCCUGUUGGAAUGAAAAUGCCAGGGCACAAUUCAAGUCAAUCAUCUGACAGUCUGCAUGGAGUGGUUUCUCCCUUACCUAUGGUCCAAAAGGAAAAUACCCCUCUUUCAACUAAAUUAUUCAAAACAUAUCUUGAUACUUCUCAAUUAACUCCUGUGAUGCCAGUGAGAAGUUUAACUCCUACUCUACUUCAGUCAAGAAAAAGGUUUGGUACCUCCAGUGCCAGUAGUCAGUCGCACACAUACCUGUCCAGUAUGGAAUCAGAAUGCUGCAGCAGCCCCAGGUGGGAGAAAGAUGUAGAGCAAAGUGAAGAUGAACUAUGUUCUACAACAGCCAAAACAAGUAACAGUGGGUCAGCUCUCCUUUCGAAUGUAGAAUUACUGAAUAGCAAAGGUAUUAAAGUUUUAAAGAAAAAAGAACUGGAGUCUGCCAUUUCUCCCAUCAGCAGCAAUGAUUCUGGCAGUAGGCAGAAGUUGGGAAGUGAACAUUCUGAUAUAACAGAUACUCCUGUGACCAUACUGGAUGUGAAAGGCAUAGUCAGAAAAUGUCUUUCUGAAAAUAGGAUUUGGGAAGAAAAACUCUUCGUAAACAAAAGAGAGAUGACUAAUGAAACAGCAGAAACUUCCAAUCAACAACAAUCUUCAAGGCAGAAUGAGCCUGUCAAGCCUAUCAAAGAGGAAGAAAUUUUUGAAAAGCCAGGUGUAAAAAGAAGCUUUGAAUUAGUUGACACUAGUCCUUGUCAGGAAUUUAACUAUGUUAAAAAAAGCAACGCGGAAUAUAUACGUGGCUGUCAGAUCUCAGAAUUUCCAGCAAACAAAAGGACAGGUUUGACAACAGAAAUUCAAUCCUUAAUGCUUUGUGAUGAUGGAUGCCUACAUGACACCUGCAAAAACACAGAAGAAGUUAAGAGUUUUAUUGGUAACCAGCAAACAGUAGAAAAAUCACUUACUCCAAUUAUAACCAAAAGUCUUAUGUGUGAUCUGGAUGCAGGCUGUGAAAAGGAUGAUAAAAAUGAGUACAUGAACUCAAGUUUUUUAGGCACUGAUGAUGAAAAGCCUUUAGGAAUACUCAGUGCAGAUCCUGACUUAUCAUUUCCUGAAAUGUCUGCUAUGGAAAGCCAUUUAGAAAAGCAGCUUUUAGAUUUGGACAAAAGUGUUAAAGACCUCUCCUUUGAGGAACCACAAACAGAAGACGUGCUAAUAACAUCACCAGAGUCCCAAGAUGCCUUGCAAAAUGGAGAGGAAGCACAUACUGUCCAGGACUGCAAGCUGUUACAUCAUGAAAAGGAUAAUAACCAAAAACACAUGAAAGAAACUUACCUUGACACAGUAUCUUCUCCUUCAGAAAAGAUGAUGGAAACACUGAAUCUCUUCAAAAAAAAUGCUGUUGUUUUUCGAAGUUAUAAUAGUCCAAUUAAUAUAUCGAAUGUAUCCGAGCCAUGUAGCAUGGCUUCCUUAGAUAUAAUGGAUCUUUCACCUGCUUGUAGUGGCUCUUACCCAACAGCUGUUACUCCAUUACAGAAAGGAAGACCAUAUAGGGUCUAUCAGACACCUCAUCAGGGAGAUGCUGGCACACCAUAUAGGACUCCAAAGAGCGUAAGAAGAGGAGCUGCCCCCGUAGAAGGUGAACGCAUCCUAGGGACCCCAGACUACCUGGCACCUGAGCUGCUUUUGACAAAGCCUCAUGGUUCUGCUGUAGACUGGUGGGCCCUUGGAGUCUGUCUGUUUGAGUUCCUAACUGGAAUUCCACCUUUUAAUGAUGAAACACCAGCACAAGUCUUCCAAAAUAUUUUGAAAAGAGAUAUUCCCUGGCCUGAGGGUGAAGAAAAGCUGUCUGAUAACGCCCAAAAUGCAAUAGAUAUUCUUCUAACAAUUGACAGUACUAAGAGAGCUGGACUGAAGGAACUGAAACAUCACCCCCUUUUUCAUGGUGUGGACUGGGAUAAUCUACAGAAUCAAACUAUGCCGUUUAUACCUCAGCCGGAUGAUGAAACUGAUACCUACUACUUUGAAGCUAGGAAUAAUGCUCAGCACCUGACUGUGUCUGGAUUUAGCUUAUAG